GCCAGCCGGCACAGCCUCAUAGAAAUGAUGACGUGUCGGCUGGGCUCGCGGCGGCUGGGCGCUUCCCGUGGCUCGCUGCAGGCCGGCACCGCCUGCUCCGCCGCCAGCGAGCUGGACCUCUCCUCGCGCUCCAGACGCGCACACAAAGCGAGAUUAAAACUGCUGGGUGCUAGCGGGGAGGCUCCGCUGCUGAGCGGCUGGCGCAGCACGCCGCACACGCCGCACGCGCCCGCCACGCCCGCGCCGCACCACUCCCACAACCACCUCGCACCACCACAUUGCAACGGCACCGACAGUGGCAGCCGCGGCGGGCUCCGGCGGCGCUCGACGUACGCGAGCGGGCGGCUGCGCGCCGGCCCGCACUGGUCCUUCGUGUUCGACCCCGCCGGCCGGCUCUGCUACUACUGGUCCAUGGUCGUCUCCCUCGCCUUCCUCUACAACCUCUGGGUCAUCGUCUACAGGUUCGCCUUCCAGGAAAUAAACGGCGAGACGCUGAUAGUGUGGUUCUGCUUGGACUACUUUUCGGAUUUCCUGUACCUGGCGGACAUUCUGUUCCACUUCCGGACGGGCUACCUGGAGGACGGCGUGCUGCAGACAGACGCGGCCAAGCUGCGCGCACACUACAUGAACUCCACCACCUUCUACAUCGACUGCCUCUGUCUGCUGCCGCUGGACUUCCUCUACCUGUCCAUCGGGUUCAACUCGAUCCUGCGCUCGUUCCGCCUCGUCAAGAUAUACCGCUUCUGGGCGUUCAUGGACCGAACCGAGCGGCACACGAACUAUCCGAACUUGUUUAGAUCGACCAGUUUAAUUCAUUAUUUAUUAGUGAUAUUCCAUUGGAACGGGUGCUUGUACCAUAUAAUAUAUAAAAACAAUGGGUUUGGUAGUAAAAACUGGGUGUAUCAUGACACUGAAACUGCGGAUGUGGUGAAACAAUAUUUGCAAAGUUAUUAUUGGUGUACGUUGGCGCUCACGACGAUAGGUGACUUGCCCCGACCGCGCAGUAAAGGGGAGUAUGUGUUCGUGAUCGCGCAGCUGCUGUUCGGUCUACUGUUGUUCGCGACAGUACUGGGGCACGUCGCCAACAUCGUCACCUCGGUCAGCACCGCGAGGAAGGAGUUCCAAGCGAAACUAGAUGGUGUGAAGACGUACAUGCGCAUGCGGCGCGUGCCGACUCACCUGCAGGUGAAGGUCAUCAAGUGGUUCGACUACCUCUGGCUGACGCAGAAGUGCUCGGAUGAGGAGAAGGCCGUCUCCUGCCUGCCAGACAAGCUCAAAGCCGAGAUCGCUAUUAAUGUUCACCUCGACACCUUGAAAAGGGUGGAGAUCUUUCAGAACACGGAGGCAGGAUUUUUGUGUGAAUUGGUGUUACGGCUUCGGCCAGUUCUAUUUUCACCAGGAGACUUCAUUUGCAGAAAGGGUGAAGUUGGAAAAGAGAUGUACAUAGUGAAUCGAGGGAAACUACAGGUGGUAGGCGACAACGGGAAGACAGUGCUAGCUACUCUCAAGGCGGGUUCUUAUUUUGGCGAAAUUUCCAUUCUGAACAUGGGCACGGCAGGAAACCGCCGGACAGCGUCGGUGCGAUCCGUGGGCUACUCGGAUUUGUUCGUGCUCAGCAAGAAGGACAUGUGGGACGUGCUGAAGGAGUAUCCUGCCGCUCGAGUGCGGCUCGAAGCUAUCGCCGUCAAGAGACUCGAGAAGUAUAAGAAAGCGCCGCUCGAAAAAGUUGCCAUGGGUCGUUGCCAGUCGACGCCCGGGCUCGUGGAGACGAGCGGCCGCGUGCCUAUAGAGGAGAUGCAGCUGCCGCCCGCGCAAAUGCUGCCGCCCCCGCACUCCUCACACCCGCCUUCCUACCGGGACCAGCUUUAUAGUUCGUCAGUAAGCCCCCUUCGUGUAGCAUCACCGGUCGCAUCGUGUGCAUCUAGUGCACGCAGCAGCGGCGCAGGCGGCGGCAGCGUGGCCACCGCACCGCGCGUCAUGCUCGACUCGCAUGAUGCGCUCGAGUGCGAGAUCAAGCGGCUUCGGGAAAGACUGUACACAGUCGAGACCGAGAAUGCGGCCAUGUCUGCCAAACUUAGUCAGCAGCAGUGGGAGGUUGAUCAGAGACUGCAGGAGAUAGAGAUGCAGAUCUGCGGCGGCAGCUCUCUGAGCUCGCAGGAGGAGAACGAGCGCAACCGCGAGAGCAUCAUUUAACGGCGCGCCUCGGCCGAGCGCGCGCGCCUCAUGCCCGUGGCCACGCUGCGUCUCUCCGCGGUCUACUGACCUGACCAACUUCUACUCCCAGUAUAACCCCCUCCCGCCCCCACCCCGCCUCCUAUCGUGACCUUGUGAACUUCGAAUGUACGAUGACUUAGUGUUUUUAUGAGUAAAUAUUAUUAUGGAAUAUUUAAAUACGAAUUAACUUUAUCAAAUUUAUAUAUACGUAGUAUAUACGACUCGCUAAUAUUUGACGAGUGUCGUGGAGUGAGAUUUUGCCGAGACAAUAUUAUCUUAAAUAUCGUUUAGGUACAUCGAGGUGUAGAGUGCGUGAAGUGUGUGCGAGGCGCGACAAGUGCGCCUGCUCUGUAUACCCAUCGCGUGUUGCGCGCCCUGUUUCUGUUCCUUCAUAGCGACGUUGCGAGCUCAAUGUUACGGACUGUGUUCUAUACAACGAGCCGACUUAGUUUCUCUGUUGAUUGAUGUUCAACAAUAUCGUUUGUCUGUUUCCGCGAAUGCUGUCUGUAUGGAGAUGUAUUCACUUUAGAGUUGGAAAGAUUGUGUACAAAGUUAUUGUGUAUCGUAUAAUCAAUAACUAAUACUGUGUGCCAAAUAAAGGCCAAAGUGAAUGUGCUAUGGAUAAGGAUUUUGUGUUAACUCAUAAAUAGAAAAUGUAAUGGAUAUUUUCUAAUCCAUUAAAUUUGAGCUUUAAUUAUUAUAAAAAUCCCGGAAGACUUGAAUUAUUGAUGUAACCCAUUUUAAGUGUUAUGUUUCAAUUGACCUGAUCUUUGUGUAUCUUACAGUCUAGGGAAUAGUUCAUUUGUCACUAAAUUUGGUAUAAUCUAUGUAUAUUCGCAGAAUAAUAUUAUUACAAGUCGGAAGCAGUUUUGUCAGUUUUAAGAACAUAAAAUAAACAAAACGACCAUAGUAUGUUGUAAUUUGUUAUAUAAAAUGGAUUUAUUACCUAUGUAUUAAGAGAAGUAGCUUAAAACUGGUAAUUAAAUCAGUGUUGGUAAUAUAAGAUCACUACUGCCAAAUAAGAUUUAAGUAGAUACAAAGUUUUAAUGUAAAGAUAUUGACAAUGGAUGACGAUGUUUUGUACUUGUAUUCUUUCUAUUACCCGAUUGGUUAUGGCGUCGUUAUGUAACAUCGAUGUGUCUACAUAAGUGAAUUUUAUUAUCGAACUUAUAUCAUUUGAGAGUAAUUCCUUAAGAAUUAUGUUAAAUAGACCAGUCACGAGAUAUAACGUACCAAAACGAGAACAAACUAAUAUCUUACCUCAGCUCUAAGUAAAUUGUAAAUAGUUAUUCUAAUAUCUAUGAUACGUGUUUGUAAGAUGUUUUCAUUGAUAACGAUUGUGUUGGAUCCGGAGCGAUUCGAAGCGAUCCGAAGCGAUCCGAAGCGAUCCGAAGGGAUCCGAAGCGACCCGCUGUACAGUCGAAGGCAAGGAGCGUCGUGUUGCAGCUGUCUGUUGGUUCCACAGCACGUCACGCGUCACACGUCAUGCGUCACGUUACGUUACACGCUGUAGGGUGAACUGCCGCUCGUCUAGUCAGGUUCAGUUCACGCGUCGAUCAGUUAUUAGUUAGUUGAAUCGUACACUUUAUUUCCUAAACGCCCGAAGAUAUAAUAGAUAGGCGAUAAAAUUUUUAACUGUAAAUAAAAUAUUUAUUUAUUGUUAUUAUAUUCCAUAAAUUUUUCUUCUUACAUAUUUCUCGAUUAUAAAAUGGUAAGAGAGAUGCAUUAUGCAAUUGAAUACUUAUAUUUAAACUCGAAAAAACGCAAGUGCUUUUUAUCAUAAUACUAGUAGGUUUAUGAGUCUCCAGCGCCAUCUGUCGGGCGGGCGGCACAGCUCGCUCGCAACACGAGAUCAAACGAAAUGUAAUUCCUUUUGUAAUCAUUAUUAUAAGUGCUAAUUGUUUACCUUCACACGAAGCAGUCAUGAUCUAAUGCGGUGACCGUAUUCAUUGAAUGGAAGUCGGAACGCGAAGUAGUAUUGCAGCAACCUGGCUUGUGCAUCUUAAAUUGGAAAUUCAAUUAUGUAUCGCACAUGAUUCAUUUUAUUGUUAAUAAAAAGAUUAUGAUACGA